AUGGAGUCAACCGGUUCGUGCACCCUCUCCACCGCGCCCGCCGUCGACACCUCGCUGGCCAUCAGUGACGACGGCAACAUGCUCCCUCAGCAGAACAGCCCAGCGUCAUCGCGCGCGCCGCCAUCGGCUCCCCCCGAGUUCAAGUGCAAGCACUGCCCCCGCACGUUCGCGAGCGCGCGAGCGCUGGGCGGGCACCAGAAGGCGCACAGGAACCUGCACCAGGUCAUCCAGAACCCGAUCCAGAAGGAGCACCGUCGUCUCGCUCCGGCUGGGCCUCAUCCGCAGGUGCGCGUCUCGUCUUCUUUGUCGCACGUCCCCGCCCCGGGAAGAAGCGCUUACUUCAACUUCCACAUGCAGCUGUUCAACUCGUAUCGCACGCGCAUGCACAACUUCCCUAGCUCCGCCCGCUCAGGCGUCGUGCCUUUCUUCGCCGGAACCGGCGGCCUUGCUCGGGCUCAACCGUCAUCAGCGGCGACUGGAGGUGGAGGUCAUUUUGGAGGCGGUAGUCAUGUUGGAAGCUCGCGACAAGUGAAUCAGAAGGAGACUUCCCAGUACUUCUCUUGGCUCCUCUCAAGCGCCACUCCUUCGUUCAUAUGGCAAACGCAAACGGGCGGUGGCACCAGCGGUCAGCCUUCGUUUGUCGUCCCAGCACCGGUGGCACGAGGCAAUGGUGGGACUGGAGAUAGGGUUCAUAUUGAACGCCAGCAGGACAUGCCUGAAGUGAAUCUGCAGGAGGAGACUACCGAUGGGAAUGCGAUUGACCUAACCCUAAGGCUCUAG